AUGACAAGGCGCUGCUCUCCUGCGCGCAAGGUGGAGAGUGAACGGGGGGGUCUGUUGGGAAUGGCAAGUAUGGCUGAAUUGGAGUUAGAGUCGGGAAACAGACUGCUUGACGACGCGUCUUAUUUCGCGGUCGUCCUCGCGCUUCUUGAUAUCGAGUCUCUUAUCGUGGAGCUUCUUGCCCUUUGCGAGCGCGAUUUCGAUCUUAAGGUAUCCGUUGUUGCUAAAGUAGGCCUUUGUCGGGACGAGGGUGAGGCCUGUAUCCUUCUGCUUUUCCUCGAGCUUGCGGAUGUCCUUCUUGUGCAGCAGCAGGCGGCGCGGGCGGAUGGGGUCGUGGUUGAAGGCCGGGCCGGCGAAGGAGCACUGGGCGAUGUGGACGUUGUGCAGGAAGAGCUGGGCCUUGUCGACGCGGGCGUAGCCGUCGCGCAGGUUGAGCUUGCCCGCGCGCACAGACUUGAUCUCCGUGCCCAGCAGCUCGAUGCCGCACUCGUGCGUCUCCAGCAGCUCGUAGCGGAAGCGCGCCUGCCGGUUGAGCACCGUCGGCGCCUGCGAACCCCGCGGCCGCUUGGAUGGCAGCGCGCAGACAACCGCGCGCUGCGAGACGGGCGCGCGGAGGGCGGAGCGUGA